AUGGCCAGGUGUGCACCUUCUCGUGGCCAAUCGAAGGCUGACGACUCGAACAGAGUCCAAGUCUUCCAUUACGAGCCCGAUACUUCUGAUUCCUAUUCGGAUUCCUCCGACUACGUUGAACAAAAUGCUCGUUCCCCCUCCUUUCUGUCUCGCGUGUUCAAACCGAAGAAGAAGUGGCAAGAUGCCGCAGUUCAGGUUUACAAGCGUCACCAGGGCGACAACCUCUACAUCCACAAAGUCCGUCUGCAAAGCCCACAGCUUAAGAAAGCCUUGAAAGGCCUUCUUGAGCGAUAUGGGUUGGUAUACCGUGAUGACAGUGUCAUGGUUGAAUCCCUCGCCCCGCAUCGCGCCCUCUUCUUUGUGCGCCAUCACGUUGCCGAGAUUGCAAAGAUGUCCAAAGACGACGAGACCCGCGCCCAUUGCUCUUUGCUUAGCGGCAUCAUCCAGGAAAUCUUCAAGGACAAAUUCGAAGAGAUUGAGACUCUCAACAAGGAGGAGAAGAUCACUUUCGAACUCUUGUGGACUCUCUACCCAGAAGGGAGCAUCUUCGGCACCCAGCUUGCCGAUGAAGUCCCCCGUGCCUACAAGGUCAACAAGAUCACUCUUACCAAGGAGAAGGUAGAGAUCAAAUGCGAGACAAUCAUGUUCAGCGGUUACUCUUUCCGACGAUACUUUUGGAACGUCGGUAUCGAGAGGUUCGAUGGCGAGAUUGACCGACUUCAGAUACCAAUCAUACCGUAUAUCGACCUGGAAUGCAAUAGGGGGUUGCGUGAUAGGCUGAUUCAGCGUGGAAGGAAGGCAUUGGACUUCCAGGUCCCAAGGUACAUGGAGUAUGACCCGGAGGCUUGCCGUCACGAUGUGGUGGCUAGCCCGUGGGUUUGGAAAGGAUCAGACCACAAACUGGAGAAAGAAAAGGUUGUUGUUGACUUUUUCCUGGUGCGGAAGCGUGUCCCCUACCGCUUCGCCCAUGAACUUCUUCCUGGGUACAAUACCGGGACUCGCAUGGGAGCCAAAAACUUCCGCAGAGCAACACCUGAAGAGAUGGACCACAGCAGACGCGUGGUGAUGAAGUCUGCUGACAACCUCCUGAUUAUGUCUCCUUAUGUUUCAGGCUUUUCUCUUUCCAAGAGAACCUAUGCCGACUUCGAGCUCGAUGCGCUCAAGCCGAUUGAAUGCGACCGGAAUGCGAUGGAGAAGGUUAUUUUCGACGAUACCAAGAAGGCCAUUCUCAAAACCCUGGUUGAGAACCAGAGGCUGACGGCCCAGAAUCAGGAUGGUCGCAACCGGGCCCUCGUAAUCUCGAUUUCCGGACCAAGCGGUACAGGCAAGACUCUGCUGGCUGAAUCUGUGGCGGCGUUUACUGGGCAGCCACUCUUGAAGGACUGGGACAUUUUGAGAGAUACAUUUGAGGAGGCAAGAGAUUGGGAUGGCUGUAUCUUAGUUGAGAAGCCAUCAUUGGGCCCUUUGCCAGCUCAGCUUGAUGCAAAUGCCUUCGUCAAAGAGCUCGAAAAUUUUAAUGGUAUUGUCAUUGUAACAUCGCCAGACAGGCCAUUUGUGUCCCCCGCCAUAGCCUCCCGUGCGCAGCUUCAUAUCAACCUUCGCUAUCCCAGUUUCUUCGAGCGAAAGCGUCUCUGGGAACUCUUCAAUGACCAGCUCCCUAACGACGUUGGGAAACUGACCUCAAGUGAACUUGAGCUGUUGGCAGCUCAUCCAACGAACGGUCAUGCCAUCAAGAACCUCCUUGAUGUCUCCGCGGCAUGGUACAGGUCGCUACAUCGACCCAUCAGCCUUGAUAUGAUUGUCAAGCUCAGGGAACAUACUGUUACUCCUGGUGGCGGUGGGCCGCUUCCACCGCCGCCACUUCCCCCCGGCAUAGCCUGGCCAUCUAGAGGCCCGGCUGUGCCUUCAGGAAUGGGGGGAAGAGUUCGUGGUCCCCCGCUUGGACCAAUCGGGACUGUCGUUUACACAUCCCCGUCCAGCGAGUCAAAGAAGAAGGUUCGCAAAUGCAUACAUGUCUCUGAUGAUGACAAUGACAGCUAG